AGUUGUGGUAUGUUGUAAUGGUGAGUGUGUGAGACUUGUGAUCAAGCAACUUCUGUUCAAAUGCUGCUCAAGCCAUAAUGUGUUGUGUUCAUGGGCAGGGUGACAUUGAGCUCUUACAGUGUCUCACUCUCUCCAGACUGAAUCAUGAAUUUUCAACUGGUGGUUCGAGGGUUAAAAUCCUUAAACCACCAAAUUGACGAUACGGUCUGUCAAGAACCAGACCAAAUGCCAUGGGGCUUAAAAUGGCAAAAGUAUAGAGUCUCAUCCAGGGAAGUGAGGUGGAGAGGAGUGGCAAUACUCCUAGUAUUUUCAUGUUACAAAGACAGGAACAAGCUCCAGCAGUAUUGUGUUGGCUUGCAACUUCUGAAUCAGCUUAGUGCCAUGGAAUCUUUAUCAAUAUUUAUUAUUGCGAGAGAGGACUUGAUUGAAGGAUACAUGUAGUAUUUUAAAGAUCAUCAAAGAUGUUUACCAUGAUAUUUUUGCAGUGUUUGUAAGAUUUUAAUGAUCUAAUUUUGAUCAUUUUUUGGGCAGGAUUGGAUCUCUUCAAGACGGUUAGAGUUUCACUAUUUUCACGGGAUGUUCACUUCACCAUUAGCCACAUUUUGAAGACCUGUGGCAUGUUGGAAGAUUUGGUGACUCUCCAUGAGAACAGUAGAAAACCAAAAGUAUCUGUUGCAUUGCCUUAUGAUGCUCCGCAUCACUGGAUGCAUGUCUAUCGACAGUUCAGUGACAGGGAAACUCCUGUGGACCUUGCCCAACUGCAGCGAAAUGCAAGGCUGUCUUUAAAGGAAUUCCUAAACAAGAACAUCAAAGAUGCAAAGGACAAACAAGAAAGCAGUAAAAUGCUUUGGAAGGAAAACAUCCUCUUGUCUGAAAAAAUUUGCCAAAAACUAAAAUUAAAGAAGCUGGAGUCUAUCAGUGGCUGGUGUCACUCAUCCUAUCAUGGCUCCUUGAAGAACGUUUUGAAUCUUUGCUACUCAAAGCAGUCUGAAAUGAGUAGUCUCAAGGGACGGACAGUUGUGUUUACAGACUGGACUGGAGUGGAUCCUUGUGGGAAUGUAAUGUUGAAUACCCAAGAUGUUCCAGAAUUUUGGUUAUCGCUUUUUAGUUCGUUGGAAGACUAUGAUGUUCUAGUCAAUGAAGUGCCACUAUGGGAGAGAAGGUUAUCAUCCUUACUUGGUGGCAUGAAGAUCAAGUUUGAUCAAGAGUCGCCUUCUGUCUCGGUGACUGAGUAUUUAAAUCAUUUGUACAGAGUGGUUUCUUCACUGAAGAGAGGACUGCUUGGACCUGAUGCUACAACCACCAUUCAGCCAGGAGAGUUUAAAGAGUUUACCAUUAGAGUUCUGAGUCCUGCAGAUUCACUGAGCUUGUCUCUUAGUGGUGAGUUUCGGAUUCCAUCUUCAACUCCAACAGAACUGAUUGUGGAUUUUCUCUUGAAGCACAAGCAAAAAGCUUUGGAUCUUCAUCUUGAAAAUGAAAGGAACCUGGUAACAGAAGAGGAAGCAGUUCAGAUCUGCAAAGAGAAAUUUCAGCUGUCCUCUCUAUCCAAAGAUAGAUCAGUUUCACCUCUUCAAAUGAGUGAUUGCUGUGAAAGAUUAAGCAAGCAAGAUAACCCAGACCUGAACAAUUCAAUUCUCAUAGUGUCCAAAUAUUAUCACGUUAAUGAAGAUGGGCACAUUAGUAUUCCAUGGAACUGGAAGUAGAAUGACAACUGCUGUGGAAAAUCUUGUGAAUUUGAGUUUCAGAAAACUGCAAAAUGGCUUCACAGAGUUGAGGCAUCUUCAGUUGAAAAAAUUGGCCAAUUUUUUCAGGUUUGUUCCAUGCAGUCUGUCUUAUUAAUCUUCCUCAGUCAUAGCCAUCUUUGUUUUUGUUGGUUUGUAGUAUUGUUAUUUUUUGGUGUCCUUUAAUUAAAAGUAAUUUUGUACAUCAGAAAAACAACUUAAAAGAAAUUAGAAGAGAGAUAAGACAGUGUAAAAAUAAUAUUUUCCUUUGCAUUAAAAAAAUUAACAUUUAUAAGUAAAGACAAGUCAUGUUUAUAUCUAAGGGCCUGUUUACAAGAAGGGAGGGUUCCCUGGCUAACCGCGGCACCCUGGGAGAGCCAACUUUUCAUGCGUUUCUUUAGAAAAUGCAUUUGACAGUGUUUUACAUGCUAAACAGGAUAGCCUGCCUUCCUGGUACCCGCUGUCCACAUGCCCGAGGCAUCCUUCUGUGAGGGCUAUCUUUUUAACAUGUAAACAGUUUGUGCUGGAUUAUCUGGCUAGCCAAGGUGCGAAGACUGCUAAAGCAGUAUUACCGGUAUAUUCCAAGGCAGCUUUUCACCUUAACUGCCACUGGUGACUAGGCUCAAUUAGUAGAGUGCAAUAUAAAAAGCACCUUAAGAGACCAAAAAGUGGCAGCUAGCAGAAAGAGUGAUAAAAAACUUGCUGUCAAAAUGUUUUGUCUGUCAUCUUUUUUGUUGUGUUAAGCGGCCACUCAAAAGAUAGCCCACUGACCAACUCACCAGUAGGUGAGUUGCAUGAAAAGGAGGGCUAUACAGUUGGACCCGGCUAAUUUGAACUCGGUAUUUUCGAAUUCCCUGUUAUUUUGAACUCAAAACCAUUUCACUUGGAUUUUCCCUUCAGUCAUUUGCUAUCAGCUAUUUCAAACUCUGCUUUCCUGAACAAUUUAAAUUCAUUUCCCCUGCGAGAUCAAAAUAUUAGCAGGGUUCAACUGUACUUUAACCCCCCUGGCCUGUAGUAAGUGGUUGGCUGAGGUACCCUGCCUCCAUGUACUCCUCGUAAACAUGGCCUGAGGAGCAUGAUAUGCACUGCAGACAUAUGGUUGUAAACCAGUUAAAGUAAAUAUUAGAAAAGAAGAUGUGAAAACAUGUAAAAUGGGAUUACACACACAGUGGCUUUACAAUGCAGGGGAUUGGUGUUUCUGUCUCUAGGAGCAUUGUGAUGACAGUAAAAUUAGUUUGUAAUGUUGGAGUUUUGUCCAGGACGCCAAGUUAAGUCAGAUAGUUAUUGUACUUUUGAUAGCAUGAAUUCAUUAACGUAUGGCAUCUUAGUAGUGUAUUGCUCAGAUUUUGCACUAAAAACUUAAAGUUUUGCCCAUGUAGAAAACAUAUGCCAAUAAUUUUGAAAUGUGUACCUGGACAAGUGCCUUUUUCCUACAUAUUGUUAAUAUAAUUUGAACAGCAGAAAACUAUUUAUCGUAAUCCCUACAUUCAAUGAAAGUGUACAUGAUUAGUUACGAUUAUGCUGUUUACACAGCCACUAGAAUCUGGACAUAUUUAUGUCUGCAUGCACAUAAAAUAUGACCAUACGACAGCAAACAUAAGGAAAAAAUGUACAUAACCAUGGUUUAAUUAUGCAUUAUUUAGCAGCAAGAUAACAUAAAUUUGUAAAGGUUAAUUGUAAUAAAUUCGUUCACUUUUUCAGUAUAGAUCAACGUUUGACACAAGACAUAAAUGUGAAAGAUUGAAACAGUUUUGAUUUCCCAAGAACCUUGUUUCCUAAUUAAACUAUAAUAUUAUUACCAUGGACAAUAAAGAUUCUGUCACUGAUACAUCAAGUUAAGUAUUUAAAGUAUAUAUUAAAAAUAUAUGUUACAUGUAAACUAUCAGAUCUGAAAACUAAGGAAAUAAUUUACCGUCUAAUUAUUUUGUUUUUCAAAGUUUAUUUUACUAAAGAGGUGUCCUGAAUGUUAUGGAAAAAUUAUUGGAAUAUACUCAAAAAAUAAUUUAUUUAUUGCCUAGAACUAGAAUAAUUUCUACUGAUCUUAACAUUUGAAGCUUGUCACAAUUGAGCAGUCUACAAUAUGCAAUGUGCCACAGAGCAGGGACUCUGGGUGUUACUUUUGCAUUGAUGUAAUAUUCUGUGAAACAAAAUCUUUUUAAUUGAGCUUGGGGCACUGUUAAUAUACAACCUAUUCUAUUAAAUGUGGGUUGUUUGUUCUAUAAGGUGCUUUCAUACUGUAUGCAUUUUGAGGGUACAAUAAAAUGUUAGUUUUGUGUUAAGACAUGGUUUGUAAUUGCUGGAAACUUUUGACUUGCAUGUACUGACUCUGAACUUGAUGACAUACACUGCAGAAUAGGCCAUAUUGGUAUUCUCAGUGUCAGACUGGAACUAGCUAGCAUUAUGGAGGCUCGUGUAGGAAAAUAUCAUUAUUAUAAUUAUUAUUGCCAGAAAUCUCAAUUGUUUGAAACAAGUUUCUGUGUCAGUCCCAAAGGAGAAAGACAAAAGGCCUAAAGCAGUGCAGUGCAAAUGAAAGUUUACAAGAAGGAAUGAGGGAGCCUGGUUCUUAUAAACUUGUGUUCACACUGCUUUUUCCCAUUAGACUGGGCCUACUUCCCCCAGGACAUUGUUAACAAAGACUAAUCUCUCAUAAAUGUCGGAUCUGACUCCCUUGAUGGUAGGGGAAUAUUUGCUAUGUGCAAGAGAGUGUCACCACUUAUGCAAGGAAAGAUGAAGAGAUGUCACUGAUGUAUAUAGACAUGCCACAAGGCAACAUUUCCUUAAUCCUUUGCUUAUUUAUCUCCCUUGAGCGUAGCGAGAAGGUAAUCUUCGAGCGAUGUAAGUCAUAAGAGGCUAACCUUUCCAGGCAAGGGAACAAUUAUUGGCAAGGACUUUUAGAAAGGUUAUGAUGCAUGUAACAAAAAAAUAAACAAAACGAACUUUGAAAACCAGUUUAUUAAGAAAAACAAAAUUUGUGAUUUAAAAUUUGCAGAUCUAUGUAUAAUUAUAUUAAAUAGCUUUAAAUGCUCUAGGUAUGUGUAGUUCAGUAAAACCAGGCCAAUCAGAUGGAAGUAAUGGCUGAAUGGUAACCCACAAAACAUAUCCCAUCUGAUCGUGAUGUCCCAGUAAAGUUGAUACCACCAUUCCUUUAUUUUCUGAUGACACAAUUUUCCUUCUUGUUAAUACCACUGUUGGUCAGUGUGACAUCAUCAGUAAAAUCAGUGGUCUUGUGCACACUGCAAAGAAUAAUCUUUUUGCAAAAAUGUUGAUCUGUUUUAACUUUUUUCUGUCUUGCCUGAAUUUCACCCCAACUCCUCUGGUCGCUUACUUUUUGAGAAUUCAGGCUAGAC